CCUCCCGGUGGCAGCUCCGGGCACGGUUCGCGGCAGCAACUUGGCCGUUCGUCCCCGUGGUGCCUGUGCCGGGACCAGCGCGGCCGUGGCGGGCGGGCGGCCCCGCCACCCCUAGAGCCGCCCGAGCCCCCCGGAGCCGCCGGGAGCCACCGGAGCCGCCGGGAUGAGCUCUCUCGCCUUCGACGACGCGGGCCUGGAGGGGCUGGCACCGUCCCUCGGCCUCUCCGGGACCAGCGACAUCGACACGGCCCUGCUCAGCGACAUCGACGACAUGCUGCAGCUGAUCAACACGCCGGACAAUGACUUCUCGGGGCUGUUUGACUCGCCGUUCGGUGCCCCCGACAGCGCCCUGCCCGCGGGGCUCCCCUCCACCCCGGGCACCGUCAGCUCUUACCUGGGUCCCAGCAAUCCUCCCCCCGCCACCCCCACCAGCAGCGCCUACGCGGGGCCCCCCGGGAUGGCGACCUUCCCCCCGCAGCCCCCGGCCCCGCUCCUGCCGGUGCCAUCCCUGGGUGUCAAGGAGGAGUCUUCGGCCGUGCCCAGCAGCCAAGCCCAGCCCCAGCCCCAGCCCGGUGUGAUGCUGACCCCGAACUUCGUCCCCACAUCCCCCAGCCAGUUCACCCCCCAGCCCUUGGUGGGCUACCAGAACCAGCACAGCUUCUCCGCUGUGCAGCCUGGAGGUGCAGGGCAGACCCUGCCCAGCCCCAUGCCCACCUCCCAGCCCAGCCAGCCCGUGGCGCUGCCCGGUCCCAUGCAGAGCGUGGCACCCCAGCAGCUCCUCGCCCCUGCUGCCCCCACCACCCAGUCCGUCUCUCCCCAGAUCCAGCCAGUGCCGGUUCUGCUGCAGCCCCACUUCAUCAAGGCUGACUCCCUGGUGCUGACGGCCGUCAAGACGGAUGCUGGCAGCGCCAAGACCUCCACCAUCGCCUCCCUGGCCACCAGUGCCAGCGGCUCUGCCACCCCGCUCCAGGUGCCGGCGCUGGUGAGCGGAGGGACCAUCCUGGCCACAGUCCCGCUGGUGGUGGACGCGGAUAAGCUGCCCAUCAACCGGCUGGCGCCCAGCGGGAAGCCGGCGCUGGUGCAGAGCCGGGGGGAGAAGCGCACGGCCCACAACGCCAUCGAGAAGCGCUACCGCUCCUCCAUCAACGACAAGAUCGUGGAGCUCAAGGACCUGGUGGUGGGCACCGAGGCCAAGCUCAACAAGUCGGCGAUCCUGAGGAAGGCCAUUGAGUACAUUCGCUUCCUGCAGCAGAGCAACCAGAAGCUGAAGCAGGAGAACCUCGCCCUGAAGAUGGCCGUGCAGAAGAACCAGCCCCUGAAGGACCUGGGGACCCACUGCAGCGGGGGGGCCAAGGCGGAGGCCCCCAUGGAGGUGGUGAAGACGGAGGUGAUGGAGAUGCUGACGCCGCCGCCCUCGGACGCAGGCUCGCCAUCCCACAGCAGCCCCCUCUCUCUCAGUGGGGGCAGCAGCAACAGCAGCAGCGACUCAGAACCCGACAGCCCCCUCUGCAACCAUGGCAAGGUGAAGCAGGAGCACCCGCCACCCUCGCCCAGCAGCCAGGGAAUGCUGGACCGCUCCCGCAUGGCUCUCUGCACCUUCGUCUUCCUCUGCCUCUCCUUCAACCCCUUGGCCUCCCUCCUGCGGGGCUCCAGCUCCCCGGGCCCUCUGGGGAGCCCAGACACUGCCGGCCCCAGCAGGAGCAUCAUGGCUGAGUCUGGCACUGUGGAGGAGCCGUGGGGGUGGUCACAGUGGCUGUGGCCCACGCUGGCCUUCUGGGCGCUGAACGCGGCGCUGGUGCUGGGGGCGGUGGUGCGGCUCUUCGUCUGCGGGGAGCCCGUCACCCGCCCCCACUCCGAGCCCUCCAUCCUCUUCUGGCGGCACCGCCGGCAGGCCGACCUGGACCUCGACCGUGGGGACUUCGCGCAGGGGGCCCAGCACCUGCGGACGGCGCUCGGGGCGCUGGGGCGGCCGCUGCCGGCGUCCCACGGGGACCUGGCGUGCAGCCUGCUCUGGACCCUCCUGCGCCACCUGCUCCAGCGCCUCUGGGUGGGCCGCUGGUUGGCUGCCCACGCCGGGGGGCUGCGCCCGGACCCCCCACCCCCUGCCCACGUCCGCCAGAGUGCCCGCGACGCCGCCAUGGCUUACCACCGCCUGCACCAGCUGCACCUCGCCGGGAAGCAGGCUGGGGGGCACCUGCUGGCCAUCAACCUGGCGCUGAGUGCCGUCAACCUGGCCGAGUGUGCUGGUGAUGCCAUCUCUGUGGCAGCACUGGCUGAGAUCUACGUGGCAGCCGCCCUGCGGAUCAAGGCCAGCCUGCACCGCUGCUUCCACUUCCUGGCGCGCCCCUUCCUCUGCAGUGCCCGGCGUGUGGCCCUGUCCCACGGUGGAGCUGUGCCCCCUGCCAUGCAGUGGCUCUGCCACCCCUUGGGCCACCGCUUCUUCGUUGAUGGGGACUGGGCAGUCAAGGGUGUCCCCAGGGAGACCAUUUACAGCUCUGCUGGCAACCCAGUGGACCCGCUGGCGCAGGUGACCCAGCUCUUCCGUGAGCACCUCCUGGAGAAGGCACUGUGCUGCGUGGCCAUCCCCGAGCCUGGCCGCCCCACUGCCCAGGGAGAGGGGCGGUUCUCUGAUGCCCUCGAGUACCUCCAGCUGCUCAAUGGCUGCUCGGAUGCCAGUGGCACACCUGGCCCCACGCCUUCCAUCACCUCUGGCUUGGCGGCUGUCACAGGCACCGACCCCGUGUCCAAGUGGUGGGCGUCCUUCAUUGGCAUCGUUAUCCACUGGCUGCAGGGAGAUGAGGAGGGGGCUGAGCGCCUCUACCCGCUGGUGGAGACCAUGCCCCGGGCACUGCAGAGCUCUGAGAAGCCCCUUCCCCGCGCUGCCCUGCACUCCUUCCGAGCUGUCCGCGCCUUGCUGAGCAAGCAGGACGGGAGCCAGGCCACCCUGGGCCACUGUGAGAAGGCCAGCAGCUGCCUGCGGGAGAGCCUGGAGCUGGGCAGCCCCCCCAAGGCCACCAUCGACAAGGCAGUCCAGCUCCUGCUCUGUGACCUGCUCCUGGUCACCCGUACCAACCUGUGGCAGCAGCAGAUGGGGGCCAGCCAGCAGCGCAGCUGCCUCUAUCAGGCGUCUGCCCUGGAGCUCCGCGGCUUCCAGCAGGAUCUCAGCAGCCUGAGGCGCCUGGCACAGACCCUCCGCCCCGCCAUGCGCCGGGUGUUCCUGCAUGAAGCCACUGCCAGGCUGAUGGCCCGGGCCAGCCCCACACGCACCCACCAGCUGCUGGACCGCAGCCUGCGCAGGAGAGGGGUGCAGAGCAGCAAAACAGCUGGGGAGCCAGAGAGCCACCCCACGCCCCGGGAACACGCCGAGGCGCUGCUGCUGGCCUGCUGCUACCUCCCGCCCAGCUUCCUGGCGGGCCCGGGGCAGCGCGUGGGAAUGCUGGCCGAGGCCGCCCGCACGCUGGAGAAGCUGGGAGACCGCCGGACGCUGCACGACUGCCAGCAGAUGAUCAUCAAGCUGGGCAGCGGCACCACCGUCACGUCGGGAUAGGUGGGGAGGGGGCUGCCAGCCCCCCGCCACCCCCCUGGGUGUGGGAUGUGGGGUGACAGGGGGCACGUGCCUCAGUUUCCCCACAGGACACGGUGUUGGGGAGCGGUUUUUGAGGUGGCUGGGGAGGGACAGGGUGGUAUCUGAUGCGGGUGCAGGGCGGGGGUGCCCCAGCGUGUGGCAGCCACACGCGGGGUACCCCGGGUGGGCUCUCCACCCCACGGACACGGUCCGUGUCCCCAACCCGCGUGGGGGACGAGGUGUGGAGACCUCUAGUGACACUGUCACAGUAUUGCAGGGCACGGGACGCUCGGCAGCUGCCCCCGGUGCCACCUGUACCCCUCGGUGUCACCUGUACCCCUCGGUGUCACCUGUACCCCCUGUGCCCCCUGUACCUCCCAACGCGCAGGAUGGGGUCCCUGCCCGGCCCACCGUGGAUCCCACUGCUGCAGCACCCCUUGUUUUUGGGGCUUUGCCCCCACUAUGAGGGGUAGUUUUGGCUUCAUGGCAUCAGCAAAGCGACCUCUGCCCAGCCAUGCCCAUGGUGGGCAAGAGGGGACCCCCACCACCCACCCUAUCCCCCACCCCCAGCACCGACCAGUCGCCCCAUUAGGAGCUGCCACCACCCCUGAGCAUGGACAGGUUUUUGGAGAAGGGAUGGCAGGGUGGCACGGGGCUCCUGGGGGGCUGGUGGGUGCCCCCGUGCCCUUGCUUCACCCCUCCUGUAUAUAGACCCCACCCCUUGGCUCCCCCCGCUCCCCUUUUCCCUUUUUAAACGGUAUUUUCAUAGUUGGAGAGUUUUGUACAGACAAUUAAAGCUGAUUAUUUAUA